AUGAAAUCGCGCGCUACCGGUGCCUCUACACGUGGUUUAGCCACUAUACCGCGUACAUACUUUGUACAGUAUGUUUUCUUAAAUUCAAGGGGUACUGUGAUGACGACUCACAAAUCCGCGUUGAUAUUGAGUGAAUUUUUGCUAUUUUUAAUUUAACGCCAUCGAUUUAGGUUGUUUGUUGAAUGUGGUUAAUUUGACAAGCAGUGGGUCAUCUCUGUCACAAGCUGUUGAGCGAUGAGUUCGAGCGUAUGCUACAAAUGCAAUCGGACGGGGCACUUUGCCCGGGAGUGCACCCAGGGCGGUGUUGCUCCCCGCGACUCUGGCUUCAACCGUCAGCGCGAAAAGUGCUUCAAGUGCAAUCGUACAGGGCACUUCGCACGAGACUGCAAGGAAGAAGCCGACCGUUGCUACAGAUGUAAUGGCACGGGACACAUAGCGCGCGAGUGCGCGCAGAGUCCCGACGAGCCGUCGUGUUACAACUGCAACAAGACGGGUCACAUCGCGCGGAACUGUCCGGAGGGCGGACGGGACAGCUCUGGGCAGACGUGCUACAACUGCAACAAGGCCGGCCACAUCUCUCGCAACUGCCCCGACGGCACCAAGACUUGCUACGUGUGCGGCAAGCCCGGCCAUAUCUCACGCGACUGCGACGAUUCCGAACGGAACUAACACACGUCUCGACGCACUACAUUAUUAUAAUAAACAAAUUAACUAUGUAUAUUACGAUGCCACGCACGGACGAUAAGCAAAGGACGCGAUAAGCGACACUAGAUCGUAAGACCACAUGAUUGUAUGAAAUUACGCAACGGAAUUAUAAAUCAAACUCAGCUGCAGCGGUACUCAGGAGAGUGAAGCGUAUGAUUUUGAAUGUUGACUUGUAUAUAGGUCUCCCCGCCGCGCGGGCUGUGCUCGCUAGGUUAAUGUUGUUCUCGCACGGUGAACGAGUUAUUGUGUUUUUAAAUCAUUUAAUAAUCGUGAUUGAAACUAUUGAUGAGGUAGCGUUACAGUUUUUAGCAUUACAGAGUAUAUAUUUAAUAUAUUUUGUACAGAUUUUUUUGUCAAAAGAUAAAUUGGAUGCUGGCGUACCAUGAUUUUUCAAUGGAAGAGUGGAGGCCCCGGAAGUACCCGUAACCCAUGGACUCUCUUGUUCGUCCUAGGUAUACAUUGUUGUAACUCGACGCGACGAACCAUCAUAUCACUCGGUGAUUUAUUUAUUUUGUUGAGCAAUUCCUUUGUUUAUGAAGUCCUGCUAUCUUGUGGAGAAUUCAGUGGUUAAUUAGAGUUUCAUCAAUCAGAAUAUUUUUUAUUUUGUUAUCCUUAUCAAUGUGCCUGUGUUCAGUACAUUUGAAUGUAAAAAGUUACUUGGCUUAUUCAGUGGGAGAUAAUAAAAAAUCUUGCCUUAU